UGAAGGUUGUGGCGUUGUGCCUUGGAAGCUUCUCCCUCCUCCUUCUCCUCCUUCUAAACGGGGCCUACAUCGACAUCCAUGUUCAUGGAAUUGUUGCUCAUCACACGUUCAUCUCCAGCCUCCAUAACGAGUUAACGACCACGCUGCACACACCAUUAACGAAACACCAAAGCAUACCGACGACGAAACUCGCUCGUGCUUCCGACUCUUUGCUUUCCAUCUAUCCCAUUUGCUCCUCCCUCUCUCGCUGCUGAUGCUGCCUACUCUGUUCUCUUCUGUAUCCCUAUAAUUCGCAAAUGGACUUGAAAACCCUAGCUCUCCCUCCUCAUUUCCCUUCCCUUCGAGGUCCUCUUAAUAGACGAUUCUCCUCUCCUUCUACGCUUUUCAAUCCAUUUGUUUCUUCUUUAUGUUCUCCCCCUUCUUUUCCUCUCCUUCACCGGCUUGUAAGUGCUUCGUCAUCCAGAACGAACCGUCGUUGGUUCCGAGUUGCUUGCAUUAGCCAUGGUCAGGGAGAUGUCAAGGAGAAACCAAAUUGGGCGACUGAUGAUGUCCAAAGCGUCGUUCCGAUUACUCCGGUGGAAGAGGAAAGCAUGGAAGUUGUUCAUAGGGGGCACGAGGAAUUUGGUGCUAACGACAGCAUUUGGAGACAAAUGAAGGAGAUUGCCAUGUUUGCAGGGCCGGCGACCGGGCUAUGGGUAUGUGGGCCCCUGAUGAGUCUCAUUGAUACGGCAGUCAUCGGCCAAGGCAGCUCUGUGGAGCUUGCUGCCUUAGGGCCUGGCACGGUUGUUUGUGAUUAUCUGGGUUAUGUGUUCAUGUUCCUUUCUAUUGCUACUUCCAAUAUGGUCGCCACCUCUCUUGCGAAAAAGGACAAAAAUGAAGUACAACAUCGAAUAUCUAUCUUACUCUUUGUUGGUUUCACUUGUGGCAUGGGAAUGCUUUUCUUUACAAAGUUCUUUGGUUCAUGGUUAUUAACUACUUUUACUGGUCCAAAGAAUUUGCACAUAGUACCUGCUGCAAACACAUAUGUUCAGAUUCGAGGUUUAGCAUGGCCUGCACUUCUUGUUGGAUGGGUUGCUCAAAGUGCAAGCCUUGGCAUGAAAGAUUCUCUGGGGCCUUUGAAAGCUUUAGCAGUUGCUAGUGUCAUAAAUGGCAUUGGUGAUGUUGUCUUGUGCUGUUUCUUGGGCUAUGGUAUUGCUGGUGCAGCAUGGGCAACGAUGGUCUCACAAGUUGUUGCAGGUUAUAUGAUGAUUGAUACUCUGAACAAGAAAGGCUACAAUGCCUUCUCAGUAUCUGUUCCAUCAAUCAAAGAGCUGCUGCAAAUAGUUGAACUUGCUGCUCCAGUUUUUGUAACCAUGAUAUCAAAGGUUGCCUUCUAUUCCCUUCUUACAUAUUUUGCUACAUCCAUGGGAACUAUCACCAUUGCAGCACAUCAGGUUAUGAUUCAGGUGUUCUGCAUGUGUACUGUAUGGGGUGAACCCCUCUCUCAAACUGCACAGUCUUUUAUGCCUGAGUUGAUGUAUGGAGUUAAUCGGAAUCUAGCGAAGGCAAGAAUGCUGCUGAAGUCACUUGUGAUCAUUGGAGCAUUAACUGGAUUGAUAUUGGGGAUAAUUGGAACAUCUGUUCCCUGGUUGAUGCCCUAUCUUUUCACAAAUGACCAUGAGAUCAUUAGAGAGAUGCACAAGGUGUUAUUUGCAUACUUUACUGCAUUAGUGGUGACACCUUCAACACAUAGCCUUGAAGGAACACUACUGGCUGGCAGGGAUCUUCGGUUUCUAAGUCUAUCAAUGACUGGAUGCUUUUCUUUGGGUGGACUUCUACUAAUGCUUGUUAGCAGCAGAGGGUGUGGUUUGCCAGGUUGCUGGUGGGCUCUAGCAGGAUUUCAAUGGGCUCGCUUUUCUAUUGCUUUACGACGGCUUACUUCUCCGCAUGGAAUACUCUACUCUGAAGAGCUAAACACACAUGAACUGGAGAAACUGAAAGCUGCGUAGGGAACAACAGAACAGAAACCAGGACACAUGAAGUGGGGAAACUGAAUGUUGCAUAGAGAUACAUGAUCAUGCUUUUAAAGAUUGAGCAACCAAGCCUAAUUGAAUUCGCCAUGCAGAAGCUACAUGUCUUAGAUGACCAAGAUAUUCUGGAGGAGGUAUUUAUUAGUCACGAAUUCAUGAUUCAUACAAGUUCAUUUCGCCAAUGUAAAAUAAUUAUUAUUAAUUUGUCAUAUGCCCAUAAAUUGGCGGUGCGUGCUCAUUGUUUUGGUGACCAUUCAGUGUUGUAAUUGAGAGUACAUUGUUCUUUAUUAGUUAAUGGAAAUAAACAUUUGUUUGAUCUCUAA